UUUUCUUCAUGCUCUAUGGAUAUCAAUCAAAAUUAAUAAAUUUUCACAAUUGACAUGUAUUCGGGUUAUGGUAAUGGAUAUGGCCAAUACGGUCCAAAUUGCAAUUAUGGACCACCUCCAGAUCAAUAUUAUGCACCUCCAGGCCCUCCUCCAGAUCAGUAUUACGCAUCCCCUGGGCCUCCGCCUGGGCCUCCUCCUUCUGGUUAUUACCCUCCAGAGCAAGUUUCUGGGUUCGAACCACCUUCUGGCCCUCCACCUAGGUUUUAUCCUGACCAAGAGUCUGAGUUCAUUCCCCCACAGGGCUUACCGCCAUUGGCCGAAAGAAAUUAUAAUAUGCCACCAAGUGACGGAUACUAUUCUGAAGAACCUUCAAAUGUUUAUCAAGAAUAUCCCAGACCACCUCCAGAUGAUGAAGUAGAGUAUCAAAGACCAAGUAUGCCACCACCUCCAGAUGCACCACAGAAUUUUGAUGAUAGGUUAGAUUUUACCUACCAAUAUUCCAAUUGUACAGGUGCAAAGAAAGCGUUGUUGAUAGGGAUCAACUAUAUUGGAACGUCAAACGAGCUUGCGGGAUGUAUUAAUGAUGUCCAUAAUAUGAGAACAUUCUUGAACGAGCAUUUUGGAUAUUCAUUGGAUGAUAUAGUUGUUUUGACGGAUGAUCAAACAGAACCAGGACACUUACCAACUAAAGAAAAUAUCAUAAGGGGAAUGCAAUGGUUGGUUAACGAUGUAAAACAAAAUGAUUCAUUAGUUUUCCAUUUCUCUGGACAUGGAGGACAGACUGAAGAUAUUGAUGGAGAUGAAGAAAGUGGAUUCGAUGAUGUUAUUUAUCCGGUUGACUUUGAAACCACCGGGCAUAUAACUGAUGAUGAGAUGCACAAUUUCAUGGUCAAGCCAUUACCAGCAGGAUGCAGACUAACUGCGUUGUAUGACAGUUGUCAUUCCGGAACAGCAUUAGAUUUACCUUACGUGUACUCCACCAAAGGUGUUAUCAAAGAGCCUAAUUUAUGGAAGGAAGCUGGAGAAGGAGCUUUGGAAGCAUUUCUGAGUUAUGAAUCGGGAGAUGUUAGAGGAGCACUCACAUCAUUAAGCGGAUUUGCCAAAAAAUUAAUGAAACUGAAGGACGUUGACAGAGAUGAAGUCGAAAGACAGAAAAUGUCACCUGCAGAUAUUAUUUCCAUAAGUGGAUGCAAAGACGAUCAAACCAGUGCAGAUACCAAAGAAGCCGGCCAAAGUACUGGUGCUAUGAGUUGGGCUUUCAAAAAAGUAUUAAAUGAGCAGCCCAACCAAACCUUUUUAUCAUUAUUGAACAAUAUGAGGACCUUAUUAAGUGAAAAGUAUUCCCAGAAACCCCAAUUGAGUUCCUCGCAUCCCCAAGAUAUGGAGAUUGCCUUCAUUAUGUGAUUGUUCUUCCACAAACUACUGUCCUUCGUAUUAUUUCUGUAGACUCAAUGAAUAGC